AUGGAGAAUUCGACUUUCGAUACAACAAAUUGCAGCAAUCUCAUUCACGAAUUGCUACAAAAACAGAGGCAAAUUGAGACUGAAUUUGAAAUCGAUUUAAAUCGAUCGAUUAUAGAAGAAGAAGAAACUAAUUGUUUUGGAGAUGAAUUCGUACCAAUAUUCAACAAUCCAGACAAUGCAGAUGAAGCAAUCGAUAAUGCAGAUGAAGCAAUUGAGAAUGCAGAAGACCCAAUUCAUAAUGCAGAAAAUCAAGUGGUUCCUGAUAAAUCAAUUGAUUCAAAUUCAGAACAAACAACCAAAUCAGAUGCAACUAAAGAUACAAAUCCAAUUGAUGCUUAUGGUUUAGAUCUUAGAGGAUCAUUUGUUGGUGUGGUAAGAGAAACUUUUGUAGAAAUUUUGGAAUUGUAUGAAAAACAUGCUGCUAUACUGGGGUUUUCAAUAAGAAAACAUACAACUAGAUUCAAACAACACACAAAAAUAGUAACUGAGAAAAACUAUGUGUGUUCUGCUGAGGGAAAGAGACAUUCAGGUCAGAAGAAAACAAAGUUAGUUGAAAUGGUUGAUGAAGAGGAUGUAAAUGUAAAAACAAGAAAGCCAAGACAAGUAUCCAUUACAAGAUCAAAUUGCAAGGCAUGCAUAAGAGCAAAAGUGAAUAAAGAAGGACAGUUUGAGGUGGUGGCUCAUGUUAUUGAGCAUAACCACGAGCUAACAAAGCCACAGUGGCAUUAUUUGCAUCGUUCUGAAAGAAAAAUGACAGAGGAAAAAGUUGUAACAAUCAAAACAAUGAAAUCUUCAGGUCUAACUACAAUGGACACUUACAAUUACAUGGCUACAGAGGCUGGAGGAGAACAGAAUAUAGGCCAUAGUGUUGUAGAUCACCUGAAUUUCUGCUCAAGGUUAAGAAUGGAACAAAUUGAGGCUGGAGAUGCUCAAACUUUAGUGAAUAUUUUAAGUCAGGAACAAUCAGAGGAUCCAAACUUCUUUUUUAGAGUGAAGUUUGACAAGGAAGGAAGAAUUUGCAAUAUCUUUUGGAGAGAUUCAAUGAUGCUAGAAGACUAUAGGAUAUAUGGAGAUGUUCUUGUCUUUGAUACAACAUACAGAACCAACAUAUAUAAUCUUAUAUGUGCUCCAUUUGUUGGCAUAAAUAACCACUGGCAUAAUUGUAUGUUUGCUUGUGCUUUUAUUGGGGAUGAAACGACAGAUUCAUUUGUGUGGUUACUACAAACCUUCUUCAAAGCUAUGGAGGAUAGAAAACCAACUUCAAUAUUCACUGACCAGGACCAAGCAAUGGAAAAUGCUAUACUGGAGGUGAUUCCUAAUACAAGACAUAGACUUUGUAUAUGGCAUUUGGAGCAAAAUGCCAUAACCAGAUUUGGAGCUCUUAAAAAAGACAAAGAAUUCAAAUUUGCAUUCAACCAGUGCUUAAAGAUAGAUUUCUUUUCAACAGGGAUCUUAUCGUCACAAAGGAGUGAAAGCACUAAUCAUGCCAUAGGAUUCAGAGCAAGUAAAGCAACUACUUUGACAGAAUUUUAUACCAUAUUUAAGAAGACAACUAAUCGUUGGAGAAGCAUAGAGAAAUAUGAUGAGUUUACCUGUAUCAAGUCAAUAGCAUUCACUUCAUUGCCUCUAUCUGGAAUGCUAAAGCAUGCUGCACAGGUUUUCACUUUAUCACUCUUUAGAAAUUUUGAAGAGGAGUUUGGAUACUCUAUGGCAACAACUGUUCAGAUGUUAGGCAGUAAUGAAGAAUGCCUACUUUAUCAAGUAACACUAGAAGACAAGCCAUGGUCUGCACAUCAAGUAAACUAUAUACAAGAGAGCCAAACUGUAUGGUGUACUUGCAAAAACUUUGAAGCAUCUGGAUGGUUAUGUUAUCAUUGCAUCAGAAUUCUACAUUUGCAUUCAGUAACAAGAAUACCAGACAAGUAUGUUUCAAAAAGAUGGACUAAGUUUGCAAAAACAGAGGCAUGGGAUAGGUUGAAGAAUCAGGAUCCUAAACAGCAAUAUAUUCCAUGGAGGCAAACAAUGAUGAGGAAAUACUACAAUCUAAUCUUAAAAAGUCAAGAAAAUGAAGAGACAAGAGCAUUUAUGGAAGAAAGCUUCAGAAACAGUCUUAAAAUGGUGGAAGACUUACUUGCUAGUGCUGCUCAGAAGAAAGUGCAGAAGCUGCUUCUAACAUUCCUGAUGUGGCAGACAACACUCAAAGCAAUACUAACGCUUCUUCAACAUCGAGUACAAGCACAUGUGUACCAAUAA